AUGAAAGUGCAGCAAGGCUGCAACUCAUCAGACAUGGGAAUCCCGGUUACAACCGAAGAAGAACUGCGCAGAAACACCGUAAUAACGCCCGAGGAUGUGCUCGGGCUACAGAAGAUCACCAAGAAUUACCUUUGUUCUCCCGAGGAAAAUGUCCACAUGAUCGACUUCACCAGGUUUAAGAUCCGUGACAUGGAAACAGGGACAGUCCUGUUUGAGAUAACUAAACCUCCAACAGAGAGAGAGAGAGAGAGAGAGUGUGACCCUGACGGUCCCAGUCCCCAAAAAUUUGAAUUUUCAUUGGGUUUCCAGGUUGGUAAAUGUAUUUUCUCCCUGUAUCUCUGCAGGGUGGAGUUCACAGUGGGUGACACCCCCAUCAACAACUUCCGGAUGAUUGAGAGACACUACUUCCGCGAUCAGCUGCUCAAGAGCUUUGAUUUCGAGUUCGGCUUCUGCAUGCCCAGCAGCAAGAACACAUGCGAGCACAUUUACGAGUUCCCCGCGCUCUCUGAGGAAAUCAUGCGUGAGAUGAUCCUGCACCCUUACGAGACGCAGUCUGACAGCUUCUACUUUGUGGACAACAAGCUGGUGAUGCACAACAAGGCAGAUUAUUCCUACAGUGGGGGGCCAUAGGAACACCUCCAGCCCUCCACCCUUUACUCUUCCCCGUUCUAGACGUUUUCCAUGAUCCAGGUACCACUUCAGGACCAGAAUCAGAUGAACUGAUGGACAAGUCACUGGAAUUAAACACUCUUGUCUCACUCCUGUUAGCUCCAUGUAUUUCCAUUCAGGUAUUCAGCCACCUGACCUGUCAGAUCUCUCCCUCUGCCUCUUUGCAGGAACGUUGAAUUCUGCCAGUUUUAUCAUCAGUCUGCAUCAGUGUGUGUGCGCGAGUGUG